CGCGAUCGCUGGGCGGAGAAGGCACCGCGGUCCGCAGUACCGCCGCCGGCCGGGCACAGCCGGGCACCCCCGGCCCGGCGCCCGCUCCUCCCUGAGCUCCCGCGCCAGCCCGGCCAGGCGCGCCUGACGUGGACCAUUAAACUUGGAGCUGCCGCCUCGUCCCCUCUUUCCUCCUCCCUCUGACAGGCGAGAGAGCCGCUGGGUGCAGGCAGGCGACGUGCUGCCGGGCUGGGCUGCCCGGAGGAGAUGACUUCUCGUCAGGAAGACGCCUCUGGAAAGAAGACCACGGAGGGAGCAAAGUUUCAGGGCAGCUGAGGAGCCUUGGUCGCAGCCCUUUCGAGCCCAAUCUCCUUCCUGGCUAUGGAGGGCGGACUCUAAAAUGAAUCCCGAUCUGGACACCGGCCACAACACAUCAGCACCUGCCCACUGGGGAGAGUUGAAAGAUGCCAACUUCACUGGCCCCAACCAGACCUCGAGCAACUCCACACUGCCCCAGCUGGACAUCACCAGGGCCAUCUCUGUGGGCCUGGUGCUGGGUGCCUUCAUCCUCUUUGCCAUCGUGGGCAACAUCCUGGUCAUCCUGUCAGUGGCCUGCAAUCGGCACCUGCGGACGCCCACCAACUACUUCAUUGUCAACCUGGCCAUUGCUGACCUGCUGUUGAGUUUCACAGUCCUGCCCUUCUCCGCUACCCUGGAAGUGCUUGGCUAUUGGGUGUUGGGGCGCAUCUUUUGUGACAUCUGGGCAGCGGUAGAUGUCCUGUGCUGCACGGCCUCCAUCCUGAGCCUAUGUGCCAUCUCCAUUGAUCGCUACAUUGGGGUGCGCUACUCUCUGCAGUACCCUACGCUGGUAACCCGCAGGAAGGCCAUCUUGGCACUCCUCAGUGUGUGGGUCUUGUCCACGGUCAUCUCCAUCGGGCCUCUCCUUGGCUGGAAAGAACCUGCGCCCAAUGAUGACAAGGAAUGCGGGGUCACCGAAGAACCCUUCUAUGCCCUCUUUUCCUCCCUGGGCUCUUUCUACAUCCCACUCGCGGUCAUUCUGGUCAUGUACUGCCGGGUCUAUAUAGUGGCCAAGAGGACCACCAAGAACCUGGAGGCGGGCGUCAUGAAGGAGAUGUCCAACUCCAAGGAGCUGACCCUGAGGAUCCACUCCAAGAACUUUCAUGAGGACACCCUCAGCAGUACCAAGGCCAAGGGCCACAACCCCAGGAGUUCCAUAGCUGUCAAACUUUUUAAGUUCUCCAGGGAAAAGAAAGCAGCCAAAACCUUGGGCAUUGUAGUCGGAAUGUUCAUCUUGUGUUGGCUCCCCUUCUUCAUCGCUCUCCCACUUGGUUCCCUGUUCUCCACCCUAAAGCCCCCGGACGCCGUGUUCAAGGUGGUAUUCUGGCUGGGCUACUUCAACAGCUGCCUCAACCCCAUCAUCUACCCGUGCUCCAGCAAGGAGUUCAAGCGCGCCUUCGUGCGUAUCCUUGGGUGCCAGUGCCGCGGUGGCCGCCGGCGUCGCCGGCGCCGCCGUCUGGGCGGCUGCGCCUACACCUAUCGGCCGUGGACACGCGGCGGAUCGCUGGAGCGUUCGCAGUCGCGGAAGGACUCUCUGGACGACAGCGGCAGCUGCAUGAGUGGCAGCCAGAGGACCCUGCCCUCGGCUUCGCCCAGUCCGGGCUACCUGGGUCGUGGAGCGCAGCCACCAGUGGAGCUGUGCGCCUUCCCCGAGUGGAAACCCGGGGCGCUGCUCAGCCUGCCAGAGCCUCAGGGCCGUCGCAGCCGCCUCGACUCCGGGCCCCUUUUCACCUUCAAGCUCCUGGGCGAGCCAGAGAGCCCCGGCACCGAAGGCGACGCCAGCAACGGGGCCUGCGACGCCACGACCGAUCUGGUUAAUGGGCAGCCGGGCUUCAAGAGCAACAUGCCCCUGGCGCCCGGGCACUAUUAGGGUCCCUUUCCUUCCCACCCCCACACACACACCCCUGGGGAGGACACC